AGGUCGUUCCGCGUGUGCGCGCACCGUCUUCACCGGCCUCUAACUGCUUCGCAAGACGUCAAAGGGAGAGGAAAGGAGACGACUCGCCACCGCAUCUAGUCGGUGUCGGGGCCGUGCGCUGCUCCGUUUGGCAGGGCUCCUCGUCUCCUCAUCACUCCGAUCUCCAUCGACAUUGCCGGUGCGAGAAGCGGAGCGGAGCCGAUGGCGGGGCGCUACGACGGCAACCCCUUCGAAGAGGACGUGAAUCCUUUCUCGGAACAAGCGCGCGGCAAGGCUGGCGGGCAGUCCAACUUCGGCGGCGGUGCGUUCUACAUGCCGAACCCCAGAAGUGUGCCUCCAGCGUCCAAUUCACGGCUCUCGCCGCUUCCCCCUGAGCCUGCGGAUUUCAGCGCCACCGUGGAUAUCCCUCUUGACUCAUCAAAGGACAUGAAGAAAAGAGAGAAAGAGCUGCAAGCAAGGGAAGCAGAAUUGAACAAGAGGGAGAUGGAGCUAAAAAGGAGAGAGGAGGCUGCAGCACGAGUUGGUAUUGUUAUUGAGGAGAAAAACUGGCCUCCUUUUCUGCCGCUCAUCCAUCAUGAUAUCACCAACGAGAUACCGAGUCACCUUCAAAGAAUGCAAUACGUUGCAUUUGCAUCGUUUCUUGGGUUGGUUUGCUGCCUCUUCUGGAACGUCAUAGCAGUUACUUCAGCUUGGAUCAAGGGGGAAGGUGUGAAGAUCUGGUUGCUGGCAAUCAUCUACUUCAUCUCUGGUGUUCCUGGUGCAUAUGUUUUAUGGUAUCGCCCUCUGUAUAAUGCCAUGAGGACUGAUAGCGCAUUGAAGUUUGGAUUGUUCUUCUUGCUUUACUUGCUCCACAUUCUUUUCGUCGUAUUUUCUGCUGUGGCUCCUCCUGUUGUCUUUGAGGGGAAAUCAUUGGCAGGAAUCUUGCCGGCAAUUGAUCUUAUCAGCAGGAAUGCUUUGGUUGGGAUCUUCUACUUCAUUGGAUUUGGAUUUUUCUGUCUCGAGUCGUUGCUCAGCAUCUGGGUUAUCCAGCAAGUGUACAUGUACUUCAGAGGAAGCGGGAAGGCUGCAGAGAUGAAGCGUGAUGCAACAAGGGGUGCUCUUAGAGCAGCGUUUUAAGUGUGGUGCGGUACAUUUCAGAUGAUAGUCCAGGCUGUGUGCCAUAAACGAAGAAUACAUGUUUUUCCGUUUGUUGCUGACUGUCGGUAGGUUAUCGUAAUGCUACAGGUGACAUUGUAUGAUUCACCAUCUUUCAAUCAAUAUACAGAAUGUGCAGUUUUUACA